AGUUCAGUUCAGUAGGAAGGUCACCUCCUCCUGCAGACUCUGUGGUCAGAGGGCAGCCCUCGCUUGAUACGUCAUGCUUUUGUUGUUCGAAUGCCAGCCGGCCAACUGAGGCACGGCUUAAUGAGAUUGAAAAACCGACGGUCAUCCCCGUUAGUGGCCGGCGUGCUGGGGUGUGGAGUGUGGGUGUGAGUUUGGGAAGAGGAGUGUGCAUUUCUCACUCUCACGAAUGAUCUUGCUUAUGAAAAAUGAGAAGGCUUCUGCUUUAUGUCAAGUAGCCCGAGAGAACAAACCUCCGUGCAAGGGGAUGGAGGCUUGCAAAGGGAAAGUUGGAGCAAAGUUGUUCCAUGGCAUUUAGGAGGGUCUUUGGCCUUCUGAUUUUCCUCAGGAAGGUUGAAGAACUCUCGGAGUGGACGUGGUUUAGUGAGAGUGAAGCAUUUUCUCUGCCAAUUUGAUAGGUCCGAACGUGAGCAGGUCAUUUCCCUGCGGGAACAACAGGGCUUGGGGCUGGGAUUUUUGAAACAUGAUGUCUGUGGGCAAGAGGGCAGAGCUGAGGCAUGAACCUCAGACAGAAAUUCUUUUUUGCCCCCAAAUAAUAGCUUAUUCGGGCAGCUGGAGAGCAUCAGGGCAACUUUACUAAACAUGGAAGUUCCAAUAAGUGCUUGUCCAGUGCAGCCAGAGGGAGUGAGGUCAUUGCCACGUGUUUGCCACCCAGGCACGGAAGCCCGCUGGACGCUGGUGCAAUGAAGAGCCAUGUUUAGACAAGAGCAGCUAACCUGGCCGGCCGGUCCCCAGCUCCAUUAACUUGUUGCUUUUCGAGCCCUCUCCGAAGGCUGCUGGUUUGCUCGGGCUGCCCGUGUGUCAGUGCCGAGUGGGCUUCCUGAAGGCUCGCUCAAGGAUGGAGGAAGCAGGGGGGCAGUGGGUGUUGUUCACGGACCCAGCGAUGACCCUGAACAAUGUCGCCAUGCGCCAGGGCACUGUGGGCAUGCGGCCGCAGCAGCGCUGGAGUAUCCCGGCUGACGGCAGGCACCUGAUGGUCCAGAAGGAGCCCCACCAGUGCAGUCAGCGCAGCCGCCACUCCGCUGGCCCCGAGGACCACUGCCGCCGGAGCUGGUCCUCUGACUCCACAGACUCCGUCAUCUCCUCUGAGUCGGGGAGCACCUACUACCGGGUGGUGCUCAUAGGGGAGCAGGGGGUGGGCAAGUCCACUCUGGCCAACAUUUUUGCAGGUGUACAUGACAGCAUGGACAGCGACUGCGAGGUGCUGGGAGAAGAUACGUACGAGCGAACACUGAUUGUUGAUGGGGAGAGUGCAACAAUUAUACUCCUGGACAUGUGGGAAAAUAAGGGGGAGAAUGAAUGGCUCCAGGACCACUGCAUGCAAGUCGGGGAUGCCUACCUGAUUGUCUACUCCAUCACAGACCAUGCCAGCUUCGAGAAGGCAUCUGAGCUGCGGAUCCAGCUCCGCAGGGCCCGGCAGACUGAGGACAUUCCUAUCAUUUUGGUGGGCAACAAAAGUGACCUGGUGCGGUGCCGGGAAGUGUCUGUAUCAGAAGGGAGAGCGUGUGCUGUGGUGUUUGAUUGCAAGUUCAUCGAGACGUCAGCGGCCGUCCAGCACAACGUGAAGGAGUUGUUUGAGGGCAUUGUGCGGCAGGUCCGCCUCCGGCGGGACAGCAAGGAAAAGAACGAGCGGCGUCUGGCCUACCAGAAAAGGAGGGAGAGCAUCCCCAGGAAAGCCCGGCGCUUCUGGGGCAAGAUUGUGGCUAAAAACAACAAGAAUAUGGCCUUCAAGCUCAAGUCCAAAUCCUGCCAUGACCUCUCUGUGCUCUAGGCCCCCAGAGUCACCCCAGAUGUCCCCCUAUGGACAUCGUUGAACACCAUUGGGACCGAUAAUCUAUAUUAGAUUGGAUCCUUAAGUAUUAUUAGAUAAGGUUUCCCCCAUUGUAGCUGGGAAUUAGCUUGUUAGCCUCAAGGGCAGCAUCAUGCAUGGGAAACGAAAGAUCUUUGUAAAAUCAGUAUUUAUUUACAGGAAAAGCCUGACCUUGCUACCUGAACACCCAAGACUCAUCAGAGGAUGUGUUUGGGGUUCACAUGUGUUUGCUCUCUCCUCUGGAUAGUAGAGAAUUGAAGCCUACAAAAGAAUGCUCAGAACAAGAACUUUUUGUUAUUAAAAUGUCACCCAGUGUUCCGAUACAUGAAUUUGAGGCCAGUGGGCCAUAGACAAACACAGGAAAGCUGUCAAAGGAUUUAUCCAAAGGAGGGAGAAUUUCUUUCUCUGUACCUUAUAUUUGUGGAGCUAGGAUUGUAGAACCAGGCUCAUCAUAAUCAUGACUAUUAUUGCUCCAUCAAGCUGUGAAAAGAAAUGAUGGACCUUCCUGGAAACUAAAGCUUAGUGAACAAUUUUUGUUCCAUGCCCAUAGUUGGGGAUCCAGAAAUUUGUAGAAUUGGGAACUGAUAGGGGUACCACUUAAGGGAUCAAAAAUCAUAUCUUGGCUUUUGUGUCUUAAAUUUUUUGUUGAGGGGAAAAUUACUUAAAUUCUACUUAGUCAAACCAUCUUUUGUGUUUUCAUUGUUUUUAAGGUCUUGGGGCCAUCAUGAAUAUAUUUUAAAAAUCUGAAUUAUUGAUAACCUGGAGUGCAAAAUGCCUAAUUUUGAAAUAUAAUCAGAGGUCUGAAUUUUUAUAAAACACAAAACAAAUACUUCAGUAUUUUGGGUUGACCCUUAUAUGCCACAGCUCUGCUCUAUUUAUUGUUAUUUUGCAAAAUAAUAACCAUUUUAACAUUUGAUAAAGCAUAUUUAUGAACAUAUUUCUUAAUAGGAAAAGUGUCCAUUUUAUUACCAUUUUCUAUCUUUUUCAGAAUAUGCAAGUUUUUACCUAUAUAUCUUACAAUAAAAGAAAUAAAAUCUUUGGGAAAAAAA